UUUAUUCCUCCUUCUUCCGCGCAUUUUGGCGGAUUAUGGGAAACUAAUAUAAAAUCAAUGAAGAAAAUUUUGACAAAGGUCGCAAAAACGACAAUUUUAAACUUUGUAGAGUUGUAUACAUUAAUUAUACAAAUAGAAGCUUGUUUGAACUCUCGACCUCUGUCACCUAUUUCGGCUGAUCCAACAGAUCUUCAGUCUUUGACUCCAGGUCAUUUCCUGAUAGGAGCUUCACUUUUGUCGAUACCAGAACCGAAUGAUUCUUUGUCCUUGUCUUCUAGAUGGACCUUAAUUCAAAAACUUAGAGCUAAUUUUUGGAACCGUUGGAGCGUGGAAUAUCUUAAUCAUUUGCAUAACCGUUCAAACUGGAAUAGAAAUCCAAUCUCAAAGCAGGACAACUAGUCUUGCUAAAUGAUGAAAACAAGACACCCAUGAAGUGGACACUAGCUCGCAUUGAGGAGACCUUUCCUGGUCUAAAUGGACUAGUACGAGUCGUAGACGUCAGAACUUCAGAUGGAAUCUUUCGUCGAGCAGUCUCCAAUAUCAGUCCACUCCCAUUUCCAAAUGAUGUUGGACAAUCGUUCAACAAGGGCCAGGAUGUUCCGGCUUGACUAGAAACUUUCCUCUGCCAUGUUCCGGUUUGAUUAAGACUUUUCUCUGCCUCGGAAUGAGUAAAGUAUGGAUACGUACAAUAAUAAUAAAAAGAAUUUGAUCAUCAUCGACACCGACUGUGGCACCGAUGACGCAAUGGCUAUUAUACUCGCCUUUAGCAGUCCUGAAACUGAAGUUCUAGCAAUUACCUGCUGCAGUGGCAACACUACAGUGCAUAAUGCUGUUGAAAAUGUAAAGAGAGUUCUGGCUGUGUGCAACAAAGAGAAAAUUCCCAUACAUCGAGGAUGUUCAAAAUCUCUUUUAGGAAGAGAAAGGCUGGCUGGAUGGCACGGAUCAGAUGGCUUAGGUGACUGCAAAGAGAAGUUUUCGACAGGGGGUAUCAAAGAAUCAGAAGAUUCUGCAGCCAUCGCUUUAAUAGAGUUGACUAAAAAAUAUCCAAAUGAGAUCACUCUUGUUGCGUUAGCACCUCUGACAAAUAUAGCCGUGGUACAUAGAAUAGAUAACGAAUUUACAAGCCGUCUGAAAUCAAUUGUCUGCAUGGGAGGCAAUUAUAAAGGCACAGGUAAUGUUACAGAAACAGCAGAAUUCAACUUCUACUGUGAUCCAGAAUCUGCCCACAUAAUUAUGACAGAAGCUGAUUGUCCAAUAUUCUUGGUACCAUGGGAGACAACAAUCGAACAUGGUAUUGAAUGGGAUUACUAUAUGGAAUUGAUGCAUACAGAUAGCCGCAAAGCACAUUUCUUGAAGAGAAUAACUGCUCUAGGUGCAGAAAAAUGCCGUGAAGAGAAUGAAAGUUUUGUAGACUGUGACUUUAUAGCAAUGGCGGUUGCAUUAUACCCAGAAUGCAUCAAGGCUACCAUCAAACGCCCGGUCCUUGUCGAAUGUGGUGGAAAUCAUUCGAGAGGUCUUAGUAUUUGCCUGAGAGAUUUCUAUUGUAACGGUUUGGAAAAUCGCAAGGUUGAAAUAGUUGUAAAUCUCGAUAUUCCUUUUCUGAAUCAUCUCAGAAGACAAAUGCUAAAAGACUGAAGCAUACUCUGUCUAGUCAUUGCAGUUUUAUUAUUAUCCAUUUUAUUACUUUUUAAAGUUGAUUUAUACUAUAUCAUAUGCCAGCUAUUUAAAUAUCGUUAUAUUGCAACUA